UUUUAUAUAAAAAAUGUUAUCAACGUUUGAAUUUUAAUUUCUUAUAAAAGGAUGUAUGUAAGCAAAUAAUGUAAACAAUGUCACGUCUGACACUUCCGAAUAUAAACAUAACCUUAAGAAGAUAGUGAGAAUGACAUUAUAUUAUUUCUAAAUACCAGUGAUAUAAUGUACAAGAAAGUAUGGAAGCAUUUAAGAAAAAUUGAUGAUACAUUUGAACUUGAACCAGAAACGAUAAAAAAGACACAAUGCUUUGUAAGAGUUAAUUUUGUACACAUAGCAUUUGAUUGUAACGAAGAACAUUUUGUUGCAACUGAUACAGCAGGAUAUUUAUAUUAUAUUGAUCUAACAAAUAGUUGCCCUUCCUACCAGAAAUUAGGAAAUGUUGGAAGAACAACUUUUAUAGCAUUCAAUCCUAUUAAUAACUUUGAAAUACUAAUUGGCCUGACCACAAGCGACAUAAAAAUUUUAAGAGUAAAUAUAAAUAUUUCCCAGUGUUGUUUAUUGAUCGCUCACAAGUUACCACCUGUACACAUUUCCUUUUUUAAACAAUACUGUUUAACAUCUUCGGAUAAAGAAGUCAUAAUAUGGUGUUUGCGUUCUUGCACCAAGGCUCAACAAUUAAAAAUUAAUACAAAGAAUAUUAUCUUAAAGAAAGCAAGUUUCUCAAACUUGGGACAUGUUGUUGUGUUGUAUAAUAACGAUACGUUACAAGCAUGGAACUUUAAUCAACUGGAAAAUGAUACUAAAAUUGACACAAAAGUAUAUGGUAUACGAAAUAUUAAAGAUUUCCUUUUCACACAAAAUGGAAGAGCAAUGAUCAUAGCUAGUGCUCAAAAUAAAAUCAUUAUUCUAAAUACAUGUAACUGGAAUUUAAUGAAAACUUUGAAUUUGCCAGAAAAUUUUAUUAACAUGAAGCAUUUGUCUCUUGUACCGCAACCUUUAGAUGGCGGUGCAAAUAAUAUAGUGGCAUGUCUUUCUCCAAGUUGUACCCUUUUUUUCUUUGAUUUGAAUCGAUCCUGUACAUUUGAAACUUUGCAUCUUAUGAAGCCCAUAAAAAAAAUUGUAAUUUCACCACUUGGUAGAUACAUAGCAUACAUCGAAAAAGAAGGACAUUUAAAAUUAGUAGUUACUGAAAAACUAUUUUCGGAAAAGUGUGGACCUUUACAAAAAUUAAAAGAACCAUGUAGGCCAAUCUCACACGGAAUACAUGAUCAUUUGUCAUACGUUCAAGAAAACAUAAAACAAGAAUUACACUUAGACAGACUGAUGCUUAUUUUGAAAGAAUUCGGAGAAUACCCUGAGAACUAUCGUUUACUAAUAUGGUCAACUAUUUUGAAACUACCAGCUAAUAAAAAUGCGUAUAAUAAUCUGGCUAAUAAAGCUGUCAACUCCAAUUUUGCAACUAAACUUUUAAAAAGCUAUCCAUUAGCUGACAGAAAUAAAAAAAUAUUAUUAACUACAACAAUAAAUUGUUUAAUACAAUGGUGUCCUUUAUUGGUACAAUGUUCAUUUCUACCAAACUUAGUUUUUCCGUUUGUUAUGGUAUUUCAGAAAAAUCUUCUAGUUAGUUUUGAACUUAUAUUGAGUGUGUUGCUAAAUUUUUGUCAAAAAUGGUUUGAAUAUCAUCCUUUACCACCUUUAAAUAUACUUGGUAUAAUAGAAAAUAUACUUCUGUAUACAAAUCCAUCUCUACUGAAUAUUUUUUGUGAACGAGGAAUAACAUCAAGUGAAUAUGCAUGGCCACUUUUGAAAACUGCAAUGAGCGAAGUUUUGUCUGGUUCUGAAUGGAUCAUUUUAUGGGAUCAUUUAAUAUCGUUUAAAAAACCUUCACUUUUGUUAAUGACUGUUGUUGCAUACAGUAUUUGCUCUCAUGAAAUUAUACUCUCUUCAUUGCAAACACAAGAAAGCAUUAAACGGUAUUUUACUAGCCAAGGCCAUAUCGGAGCCAAGGAGUUAAUAAAAGUUGCUCAGCAACUCGAUAAUGAUAUUCCAUUAAGAAUACAUCCUAAUUAUUAUAUCAAGAACGAAAUAGAUAUACUAUCUUCCAAAGGACCAUAUCAAUCAUUUAUGAUACAUGAUUUCCCGAAAUUUUUAACUGACGAUCUUUCUGUCGCUGAAUUAGAAAAAUUAAAAGAAAAGGAGCGAAUUUUUCAGGAGUGUAGUUGCAAAGAAUUAAAAAUUGCAGAAAAAAAUAGACUAAAAUAUGAAACGAAAGUUUUCAUGGAUCAAAUUCAUAGAGCAAGAUUAAGAGAAGCACAAAAAUGUAACAGAGAGCAAUUGUUAAGCAUAGACUGGAAAUCAAUGAAAUACCAAGCAAUGGAUACUUGUCUUUGCGAUUGUUCACAAAAUAUUCUACAUUUAGAUUUAUGUACCCCAGAUAAUCAAGGUAUUACAUACUCUAAAGAUGACAAAACAGAACAUUAUCACCAGUUGCAACAAAACGUUGAUAAAUUAGAAUAUGAAGUACAAAGUCUUUUGGAUUCACUAAGAUCUCAGAAGACGAAGGGUAUCCUACAUAAACAGUGUUUUUUAAUAACAUCAAGAGCAAUAUUGAUGAUAUAAUAUUAUAAAAUAAAAUUGUUUAUAUACCU